GACAAGGGCCGCCCUCCUCUCUCUCUCUCUCUCCAAAGUCACCACCACAUCAAAACAAUAUCAGACUCUCUCUCUCUCUCUCUUCAGUUCAAAGUCACCACCACAUCAAAACAAUAUCAGACACACCCACAUAGCACCCAACAAUAUCAAAACCUAGCCGAUCAAAUUUCUUUCCACAAAGCUCAAAAUGUCAAUAACAACCCACAAAUUCAAUCCCAUGAAUCUUCUUAUGAUGUUUUUCAUGAUCACAACAAUCACAACUCCGAUCAACUGUUUGAUUACUAGGAAGCUCGAUGACACCACGGUCCCCACAUCGCCUGAUUCAGGCAUCAAGUGCGGCUCUUGCCCCGCCUGCAACAACCCAUGUAACCAAAGCCCUCCGCCACCGCCACCGUCACCGCCGCCGCCACCACCGACACCCAAGAAACCGCCCUCAACCAAGAACUGCCCUCCACCGCCACCAUCGUCGUUCAUUUACAUCACCGGUCCACCCGGGAAUUUAUAUCCGAUCGACACAUAUUACGCCGGUGCUGGCCGGAGUUUCGCCGUGGAUUUGGCACUGUUGAUCGGUUGUGGAAUUGUGGGGUUGGUGUCUUUUUGGUGGACUUUAUGGUAAGAUUCUCAAAGUUUCCAAGGAAAAAAGUAUAGCUUUUUUCGGUGAAAUUUAUGCAAUUGUUGAGAAAAUUUUAGUUGUGACUAUGGAACUAUAGCUAUAGUGUUAUCUGAAUUGUCAAGUAUUUGACAUAGUUUCAUGAAUAACGAACUUUUUUUUUUUUUGUUAUAUUGAUCAAAUUUCGAUGAAUAAUAAUUCUCUUUAUCUUUA